AUGAACGGGUAUGCAGCCCACGGCCUCGACGAGGAUGCCUUUGGGGAGAAGAGGAGUAUUGCGGCGGGGUUGAAGACGUUUGAUGCGUUUCCCAAGACAAAACCCAGCUACACCUCGCCCAGCCGGCGCGGCGGACAAUGGACAGUCGCCCUGCUCGUCAUCUGCACGAUGCUGACCAUCUCCGAACUGCGGGCGUGGUUCCGCGGCACCGAGACGCAGCACUUCAGUGUCGAGAAGGGCGUGUCGCACGAGUUGCAGAUGAAUCUGGACAUGGUGGUGCGCAUGCCCUGUGACGACGUGCGCGUCAACGUCCAGGACGCCGCGGGCGACCGCAUCCUGGCCGGCGAGAUGCUGCACCGCGAGCCCACCAGCUGGCAGCUGUGGAUGGACAAGGUCAACCGCGAGAUCGCCGCGGGAGUCCACGAGUACCAGACGCUCAACGAGGAGGAUACCCGGAGGCUGCUGGCCCAGGAGGAGGACGUGCAUGUGCGCCACGUCCUGGGCGAGGUGCGCCGCAAUCCGCGCAGGAAGUUCCCCAAGGGGCCGGCCCUGCGAAGAGGCGACGUUGUCGACUCGUGUCGUAUCUAUGGCAGUCUGGAGGGGAACAAGGUGCAGGGUGACUUUCACGUCACGGCAAGAGGACACGGAUACCAGGAUAUGGGGGCUCAUCUGGAUCAUAAGACAUUCAACUUCUCGCACAUGAUCACCGAACUCUCCUUCGGACCACACUACCCAUCCCUCAUGAACCCACUGGACAAAACCAUCGCGACAACAGACACGCACUACUACAAAUACCAGUACUUCCUCAACAUCGUGCCAACCAUCUACUCCAAAGGCACUAACCCAGCAAUCAUCAUGUCCGACAAAUACACAACAACAAACGCCCUCCGCCUAACGAAAAACCCAAAAACACAAUCUUCACAAACCAGUACUCCGCCACGAGCCAAUCGCACGCCAUCCCUGAGAAUCCCUACAAUGUCCCCGGGAUCUUCUUCAAGUAUAAUAUCGAGCCCAUCCUGCUGCUCGUCAGCGAGGAAAGGGGCAGUUUUUUGGCCCUGCUGGUGCGUCUUGUUAAUGUUGUCUCCGGCGUGCUUGUCACGGGUGGCUGGCUGUUUCAGUUGA